GAAAAUAUUGCGUUUCGUGUUUAUUUACAUAAAAUAGAUAUUCUUUAAAACCCAUUUAUUUUAUAAUUCACCAAAUAUUAGAGUACGACGAUGAAGAAUGUGUCGUCAAUAAGAGCUAACUCUAAACAUGAAUCACCUAAAACCCCUGGCGGGAUAAGUAAGUCUUUGUUGACGCCUUGCAGACGAGUUGGGCUCUCGCGAAAUUGGAAGAAAAAAGGUCCUUCGCCAUUCAUAUCGCCAUUGGCUUCUAAUGCAAGUAAUAAUGUUGAAGUUGUGGAGCCGAAAAAAGAGAGUAGAAAGCGGAAAAGCGCCGUUGAACCCGAAGAAAAAACGAACGUAAAUGAUGAAAAUAUAGCGGUUGAUUCUGUGGAAAACGAAUAUGAAAUUUCGACUAAUUCUACAAAUGAAGAGAAAAUAGUGAAGACUCCUUCAAGAAAUGUAGAACCACGUAGAAAGAAAUCUAAAACAUUCUUAGCAACACUCGAUACUCAGGCAAGUACAAAAACGACAAACUCAACUAUAUCUCAUGAAAUUGAGGACUGUACUAAAGAGAACGAAGCAACAGACAAUACGAUUGAUAAGGAUGCAGACACAGAGACUCCCAAUGUUGAUAAUGAUGUGGCUAAAGAUAUAUCUCCUCCGCCAGAACCUUCUAAGAAAUUAAAUAAAAGCAAACAGUUCCAGUCUCCAUUAAAAACAGCUUCAAAAACUGAGAAUACCAUUCCAGUAAAAGAGGGUGUUGAAGAAACCCCCAAAGAAGUAGCCCAACCAAAGAAGAAGAAAUCUGAAUCAAAAACUUCAAAAACAAGAAGUCCCAAUGAGCUGACUAAAGAAUGCAUUGUAGUUAUACAAAAGAAACUUUUAAAAGUAAAAGAAAAGUAUGAAAAAACUGAUAAAAAUGUGAGUGAGCAAAAAAAGGACUCUCAACCUCUUUUUGAUUCAGAUGAUGAAGCACCUUUAAGUACUUUGAAUAAAAAUGACACUAAAGUUAACAAACCUGUACUAAUUCUAGACGAUGAUGAUGAUGAAUUCAUAGCAACAUCUAAGAAUAAGAACAAAAAAAUAGAAAGUAAAAAAACAGCAAAGGAUAGUAAAGUUAAAACUCAAGUUUCAAAAGUUAUUCUGGCAACAGUAUCUAAAGCACCAUCGCAAAGCUCCUUUGAUGAAGACGAUGAUGACUUCUUUGACAAGAAAAAGACAAUUCUUAUCCGAAAGACUUAUGAUAAAGUAUCUAAAGUGAACAAAGCUAAAUCCACUGGUUCAAUAACGCAGGCAGACAUUGACAAUAUAAAAGCAAGAAUAGACGUUAAGAAGAAAAUGCUCCUAGCCCGAUCAAUGACUGAGGAUACUGAAGAGUUAAGAGAAUUGAUAAAAAAAUGGCAAAAAGGUUGUCAAGAGGCAUUGGUAGAAUUAAUGGACAUGAUGAGACUCAAGUGUCCUGACAAACAUGGCAUGGAUUACUCGGAGAUACUUCAGAUGCUGAAAAUACCGCCAUCAUUGGUUGGCUAUGAUUCCGAUCAUGAUUGUUUCAACACUCCGGAUGAUUCUAGUGCUGUCUUGUCUAAAUAUAAUGACUUUUAAAUGCUAUGAAAUAUAAUUGUUCAUGUAAUAAAUGUUACUGUUUGA